AUGCACGUCACAAUAAGGACUCCCUCCACAAUCGUUGCGCCUAUGGACUGCACAAACACAUGGCUGGCCGUCGUCCACGCUGUGGGCGGCGAUUUGGAGCCGCCGCCGAACCCCGAAAUCCCUGCUGAGUAUUUGCAGAAGCCUCGAAGGCGCCCUGCACCCGACGCUUACCUCCCCUCUCCACCUCUCUCCACAUGCACAUCUUUGGCACGACCGAAACGACGACGCGCUGCGCUCUCCGAGAUCGAUCCGCCGAAUCAAAAGCGACAGCCAGCGCCUGUACUGAUGCCCAGCGUAUCCGAGGAGCAGACAGACGAGGGCACAGAGGUUGAGUCGGCCCAUGAAUCAACAACUUCGAAGCGGUCGCGCAGCCCAACCCGCCGCAUGACUAAAGUGAAACAGGACUCUAACGGUAACCUUGACGACUUGGAGGACUACGUGGCAAAGACAUCGAAUGGCAAGACGCACGAAGAAUUGAAAGACGAAUUUAAAGCUAUGCAGGAUAUUCGGAACGAGACCUUGCUAGAUGCUAAAGCAAGCUGUGCUUAGUUGUCUUAAGUUCUCGUACUACAACAUUACUACUGCGCGUAUUAUUAAGAAGCUUAUGCUAGGCAACAAAUACGGCGAGUUUCUAAAGAUUAACGUUAUUAAUUAUCUUGCUACUUCUCUCUAAAAUCUUCUCUAGACCUAUAAUACUUCUAAUUACUCUUCUCUCUACUAUAAACUUGUUAUUCUUAGCAUUAAGAUAAAAUUCUCUAAUAACGUAC